AUGAAGCGUGGCUUUGAAAGCAUAGAUAAUGAAAUUGAUAGGUCGAAUAAUGACAUUAGUAACGGAAAUAGUCAACCGCAAACCAGUUGGAUCUUUCUGGAGGAGUGUUUUUUAAUCAAAUCACCAAGUAGAAAGGCUAUGAAUUUAGAACAAGAUUUGAAAACUCGAGAAGCAAUACAUGAUUUCAUCAUUAAGCUUGGUACACAGCUUCGGGUAGACGGAAGAACCAUUCUAGCGGCCACAAUAUAUCUUAAUCGGUUUUAUAUGCGAUUACCAAUCACAUCAUCCAAAUAUUUUGUUGCAAGUGCAGCAAUGUCUAUAUCAUGUAAGCUUAACGAUACUUAUAGACCUCCAGAAAAAAUAGCGUUGGUUGCCUGCACAAUUAAGAAUCCUAGAAUCACAGUGGACACCCAAAGUGAGAUUUACUGGCAAUGGAGAGACCAAUUGCUAUUCAGAGAAGAGUUAAUGUUAAAGAACUUGAACUUUGAUCUUGAUAUAGAGCUUCCUUAUGAGAUUCGAAAUGAAAUAGUUGAAAAGGAAACUGAAGAGAUAGAGAACAAAAAGAGAGAUGAUGAUGAAGAGAAAUCAACUUUUGAUAAAAAUGAAGUCGACAUCUUGAAACAAACAGUUUCUUUAACAGAAAUGUUAUCAUCAUUACCUAUUUUUGUGGCGUACAACAUGAGACAAGUAUUUGGAUGUUGUCUUAUAAUUGUUUUACAUGAAGGCUCUAAAAAGUUCAAAUGGGAUAUUCAGUUACCUAGUGAUUAUUUGAAGUAUAAAGUUGAUGUUGACGUUGAAGGUUGUUUCAAAUGCUUCUCUUACAUCCAUGUGUUACUUAAGCACUGUCUGAGUAAGCAUCCACAGUUGUUGAGCCACAAGCCGCUAAUCAAACGGAUUCCACAAUUAUCAAGAGAGGAAUUCUUCAAGUAUGCAAAUGUGUGA